GCGAUGCAGUCGACGUUUUUUUGAGUCCGCCUUGUUGCAGUGAAGCUGCGAUGUUUUCUAGCGGUCACUCAAUGCGCUCGUCGAAAGAUAUAACAAGAAGCGGCAAAUCUUAAACAUGCUUUUGGGAAAACGCGAUUGAAUGCAAACUAUGGUGUAGACAACAUCACGAACCCGGAAGUAAAAGGUGAAACUGAUUUUGGUAGACCUCUAACUAGCCACGAGCUAACGUUAGCAUCACAACACGAGUGAGGAGCCUGGCUCCUUGUAAAGGUCAAAUAAGUGAGCAGGAUGUUCUCAUCAUGAUCCACGCCGAUGGCUUCUCAAAGUACGAGGCGAGCACGCAGCCGGGAACCAGGAGGAGACCCCCAGCAGAGAUGCUCCAUCUUCUCUCUGCGGUUAUUAUUUGGCUGGUGACUGGCACCACCAUCUCCAGCCUCAACAAAUGGAUCUUUGCCGUGUACAACUUCAGGUACCCCCUGCUGCUGUCCGCUCUGCACAUGCUUACGGCCAUCGUGGUGGACUACGGCUUGAUCAAACUGCGGGUGAUCAACCGCACGGGGGCGACAGAUCAGGACUUGACCCCGGGGGCUAAAUGUAAAGUCUUCCUGCUGAGUCUUACGUUUUGCGCCAGCAUCGCCUUUGGCAACAUGGGGCUGAACUAUGUGCAGUUGUCUUUUGCGCAAAUGAUCUACACUACCACGCCGCUCUUCACGCUGGCCAUCUCCACUCUGAUCUUGGGCAAGCAGCAUCACAUCCUCAAAUACACGGCCAUGAUGCCAAUCUGCCUGGGGGCCUCCUUCAGCAUCAUGGGGGAGGUCCAGUACGACCAGACCGGCUGCCUGUUUGUCAUCGCAGCCACCAUGUUCAGGGGUGUCAAGUCCAUUCAACAGAGCAAUCUUCUCCAGGAGGAGAAGAUCAACUCUGUGUUCCUGCUCUACCUGAUGUCCAUCCCCAGCUUCCUCAUCCUGGCCGUGGCGGCCCUGGCGCUGGAGAACUGGGCCUUGCUCGAGUCGCCGCUGCACUACGACCGGCGCCUGUGGGUCUUCAUCCUGCUCAGCUGCCUGGGCUCGGUCAUGUACAACCUGGCCAGCAGCUGCGUCAUCACCCUCACGUCCGCCGUCACACUCCAUAUCCUGGGUAACCUGAGCGUGGUGGGCAACCUCCUGCUCUCUCAGCUUCUCUUCGGCAGCGAGCUGUCCUCCCUGAGCUGCGCCGGCGUCGUCCUCACUCUGUCCGGCAUGCUCAUCUAUCAGAACUCUGAGUUCAUUAUCAGCUACAUGGACACGCGCAAAGCCAAAGCGACGGAUUCACAAGGUGAGAACAAAAUGGAGACCACUGAAAUGAGAUGCCAGCAAAGAACAGAGCAAGAUAAAGAGCACAAGACAGACUGAACUGAAGUCAAAACAAAAAUGUUCUUAAUGAUACAUUCGAUGUGCACCCCACCAGUCUAAAUGCGGUAUUCUGCCUAAUUCAUAUUUUACAAAUACAAUAUGAAUCAGAAUGCCGUGUUUAGACUAGUGAUUUUUUUUUAUUGUGAAUCUAUUUUUCCCCUUUUAGUAGUCGACCUUAUAAGGUGAUCCUCGCUGAUGAUGAUGUGCCAAAGUACAGGAAUCCCCUUCGAGCCCAACCAAGCCCUGCUGUUAGUCAACAAAAAAAGUUAAUAAUUGCCUUUAUUAUUCAUUUUAAAGUAUAGUUAUCCUGGUGACAUGAUGGCUUUUUUUUUUUUAUGCCAGAGUCACUUGGUUGUAGUUUGACACACAGACGCAUGCGCCUUAAUAUCUGUGUCCAUUAGAUUGCUUCUACAGUAAAUCGAUUUACUUUAUUUACAAGCGUGUGUCAAAUAUAUGACUCAAUGCAGCUGCAAAAAUUUACUAAUGAUGGGUUAAAAAAAAAAAAUUCUGGUUAGGUACAGGGGGGGGGGUUGCUGUACUCAACCGUCCUCUUCACUGUGCAGAUUCUUCUGUCUUGUGGAGACCAGAAGCAUUGGCCUAUUUUUUUUUUUCAUUGUUACCUCUCCUACCUUCUCUUCCGAAUAUCACAUGUCCGCCACCCACAUGUGGUGUGUAAGCACACUUAGAAUGUUUGGAUACCUCGCCAGGGUUACAUGACGUGUCACCUAGACUGCACUGUGACGUUUGAAGCGACACCAUGUAUGAUGAUGGCACUGUUACAUGACCACCUGAGUUUUUUUUUCUUAAAGAGGGGCUAGAAUUUUGGCAGCUUUUGUCAGAUGCCACAAGAAGCACGUGUUUCGUCAUCAGAAUAAUAAGUUAUUUUGCCACCAUUAAAAAAAAUAGAACCACACAUUCCCGGAAGUGGUGUUUUCCCAAACUUCAUUUAGCUGAGGCAGAUGUUUUAUAUUUCAGAAAGAAAAACUAUUGGAACUUUACCGAGAACAAAGAUAGGUUAAUUUGUGAGGGAGAAUCAUAAUUAGCUCAGUUUCUGUGCCCUAAAACAUACCAAUCAAAAAGAAGAUGCUUCCAUCUUGCAGCCUUGAAUUACUGCAGAAGACAUUGUUUUAAUAUUUGGACUUCUGCUUGACGAUGACAAUGCUUCUUUAUAUAUUGUUUACUAUCAUUUGAUGACAAAUUUCCCUCCACACUCUCAUUUAAAAUAUAUCUAUCUAAAUAUAUUUAUUUUUUAACGUUAGGACCAGUCACUGGCUUUGAAAUGUCUUGCACAAACGUCAGUGUUCGUGUUGUCGGGUGUCAGGCGGAAUGUUGAAUGCAGCUUCCCCUGUACCCAAAGACCCCCAGGAUGUUGAUGGGACAUUUCCUCCUUCUCCACAUGUAAGCGUGUGUGUGCGUGCGUCAGUGUGUGUGUGUGUGUGUGUGCGCGCGCCAUGCGAGCAAGCAAAACGUUUACGUUUGUUCAUUGCACUGCUGUGUCAAAUUGGUUACACACCUGAGGGACACCAAAGCCAAUCUUGUGGUGGAAAAACGAUUUAUUUCAGUAAUUUAGUAGAGAUGGGAAAAGGAAGCUUCAAAAUUGCUUCAUGAACCACUUUUUUUUUUUUUCCCUCCAGAUGGCACUCUGUUCAAUAUUGGGUUGAUCGAGUUACCUCAAGCAGCUUUUGUUGCACGCUACCGAAAAAAUGAAAGUAGCACUGACAUGUUACGAGCAAAACGCAUGUUCAUCUUUGGCAGUGAACACUAGUGCACUGAUUAGGUUCACUGCUGCUGGUUGGAUGUAUUUGUUGUUUUAUUAUGAUUUACAUGAUGUAUUUUUAUUGUCCAAAAUGGCAAGUCGACAGUUUGCAUUAGGCCUUAUUGAGACAUUCUACGGAAGAGAUGUUUGCCAAUUUGUUUGGAGGCAAAUUUAUGUGUGGUGGGGAAUCAUGCAAAUACAAUCUGCUGUCUCUUCAAUAGAAAUAAACGGACUGGUACAAGAACUUA